UCUGGGCAACAUAAACAGAUAUAAUCAAGAUUUUAAUCAAGGUUUUAAAAGAGAGACUAGGUUUCACCAAAGAGGAGACAUCGAUGUCAGAAUAUUUAGCAAAACUCUGCAGAUGUGUAUUUAUAUGUGCAUGUUUUUUCUUCCCUGUGGGUAGUCAGUAUUGAGCAUGAAUGACAAUGAAAGAGGGAGAAAGAGAGUUGUGUGCAACACUCUGCAAAGCUCCCCGGGACCUAUCAUUACCAGAUGUCACAGUAAGAGUGGCUGCCAGCCGAAACACUGGCUUUUGCCUUAAACUCCAGCUUUCUGUCUCUUUCUCUUCCUCUCCUUUCUUUCCUUUUUUCUCUCUCUCUCUCUUUCUCUCUCUCUCUCUCUCCCUCCUUGUCUCCUUUUCCCUCCCGCGCUCCCCUUUAUUUUUCUUCCUCCCUUCUCAAUUUCCAGCUGUUUUUGGAGCAAGCAGCGCGAACGAGAGAAGUUCUCCACCAAUUGUCUCAGCCCCGAGAGGAGCUCGGUGGUUGGACCCCACCCUCCUCCUGUCUCUCUCCCUUCUCUGUUCUGUUCCUCUCUUCCUCUCUUACGUUUUUCUCUCCUCCCCUUGCUGUGAGAGAGCACACCUGCUCGAUUUUGGCUGCACGCGUUUCGAGUCCAAUUACCCCAUAGGCCCUCUUAGCCAUUUCACAUUCUCAUCCCCCCACUUGACUGGAUUUUGGGAGUCAAGCUCAUCUGCUCAGCUAUUUCUCUCCUUGCCUAGCUUCUGUGAACAGGCUUCAGGCUAGUGGCACCAUGAGGUCAGCCUGUCUCUCUCUGCUCCUGGUCACCGCCUGCUGGGCUCUGCCGUUCCGUCAGUCCGGCUUCUUGGACUUCAUGAUGGAAGAUGAAGCUGGAUCAGGUGAUCCAGUGCCUGGAGAGAGAGACAUUCCUCCUGUACUUGAAGGACCUAAGUGCCCCUUCAGAUGCCAGUGCCACCGGCGUGUGGUCCAAUGCUCUGACAUUGGCCUGAAGACAAUUCCAGGAGACAUUCCCGAUGACACCACCCUGCUGGACCUGCAGAACAACAAGAUCACUGAGAUCAAAGAAAAUGAUUUCAAGAACCUCAAAGGACUACAUGCUCUGAUUCUUGUGAACAACAAAAUCACCACUAUCCACGCCAAAGCCUUCAGCCCUCUGACAAAUCUGCAGCGCCUCUACCUGUCCAAGAACUUACUGAAGGACAUGCCUGCUAACAUGCCAAAGAGCCUGCAGGAGCUCCGCAUCCACGAGAAUGAGAUCACCAAGAUCAAAAAGGCCUCCUUCCAGGGCAUGUCCCAUGUCAUCGUCAUGGAACUCGGGUCAAACCCUCUGAAGAGCGCAGGCGUUGAGGCCGGGGCUUUUGCUGACCUGAAGAGGGUGUCUUACAUUCGAAUUGCCGACACUAACAUCACAGAGAUCCCUAAAGGUCUUCCCAGCUCCCUUUCAGAGCUUCACUUGGAUGGAAACAAGAUCACCAAGGUGACAGCUGAGAGCCUAAAAGGCCUGAAGAACCUUGCCAAGCUUGGUCUGAGCUACAAUGAGAUCAGCUCUGUGGAAAAUGGCACUCUAGCUAACGUACCCCACCUGCGAGAGCUGCACCUGGAGAACAACGGCCUGACCAGCGUCCCCCCUGGCCUGUCUGACCAUAAGUACAUCCAGGUGGUCUACCUCCAUGCCAACAAGAUUGCCGCUGUGGGAACAGAGGACUUCUGUCCUCCAGGCUUCAACACCAAGAAGGCCAUGUACUCUGGCAUCAGCCUUUUCAGCAACCCCGUACCAUACUGGGAGGUUCAGCCCGUCACCUUCCGUUGCGUCUCUGACCGCUCCGCCGUCCAGCUCGGAAACUACAGGAAGAAGUAAAGCAACUUGAGCGCCCCCCCCCCCCCCCCCCCAAACAAAAAAGUGUGUGUUUGUACAUGAUUGCUUGAAAGUUUUGUAAGUGUGCGUGUUUGAUCAU